AUGGAGUUCCUGCGGGCCCACAAGGUGGCUGCCCUCACCCGCCAGUCAGUGGCUGCCCCAGCCCCACUGGGCCUCUACUUUUCGAGGGAUACCUACUGGGAGAAGCUAUAUGUGGACCAGCCAGCUGGCACACCCCUGCUUUAUGUCUACACGCUUCAAGACUUGCCUGGCGAGGUGCCCAACUUCCAACUGGGCCAAUACCUCUAUGGUGCUUACCGCUCACGGCUCCAUGAGAACAACUGGAUCUGCAUUCAGGAGGACAAGGGCCUCCUCUACCUGAACCAGAGCCUGGACCAGAACACUUGGGAGAAACUCAGCUCCCGAAAUGGCGGGUUCCCCCUGCUCACCAUCCAUCUCCAGGUCUUCCUCUCACCAGCAUCCAUGCGUGAGGGCGAGUGCCAGUGGCCAGGCUGUGCCCGUGUGUACUUCUCCUUCAUCAAUGCCUCCUUCCCGGCCUGUAGGUCCCUGAAACCCAGGGAUCUCUGCUUCCCAGAGACAGGCCUGUCUUUCCGCAUCCGAGAGAACAGGCCUCCUGGCACCUUCCACCAGUUCCAUCUGCUGCCUGUGCAGUUCUUCUGCCCCAAUGUCAGUGUGGCCUACCGGCUCCUAGGAGGUGAGCUCCUGCCCUUCCAGUGCACCCCAGACAGCCUGGAGGUGAGCACACGUUGGGCCCUGGACCGAGAGCAGCGGGAGAAGUAUGAACUGGUGGCUGCGUGCACAGUGCAGGAUGGUGCCCGUGAGGAGGAAGUGAUGGUGCCAUUCCCUGUGACUGUGUAUGAUGAGGACGACUCGCCGCCCACCUUCCUUGGGGGACUCGACACCGCCAGCGCUGUGGUGGAGUUCAAGCGGAAGGAGGGCACUGUAGUGGCCACACUGCAGGUCUUCGAUGCAGAUGUGGUGCCAGCAUCUGGGGAGCUCCUGAAGCGGUACACAAGUAAGCUGCUAUCUGGGGAUGCCUGGGCACGCCAGACCUUCCGUGUGGAGCACAUGCCCAAUGAGACCUUGGCACCAGGCAACAGCAGCUUCGUGCGGGCUACAGUGCAUGAAUACAGGCUUGUACUCAACCGGAGCCUCCUCAUCUCAGAGAGCCACACCCUGCAGCUGGCUGUGCUGGUGAAUGACUCUGACUUCCAGGGCCCUGGUGAUAGCUUCCUGCUUCUCCACUUCAACGUCUCUGUGCUGCCUAUCAGUCUACGUUUCCCCAGUGCCUACUCUUUUGUGGUGAGCAGGAGGGCCCACCGCUUUGCCCAGGUGGGGAAAGUCUGUGUGGAGCACUGCCUGGAGUUCAGCGGCAUCCUUGUCCAGUAUAAACUGCAGCCCUAUGGGACCAACUACAGCACCCUAGGAAUGGUCACCUCAGCAGAGGACAGCACGGGGACCCUGUUUGUGAGUGACCCAGAGGCUCUGCGGCAGCUUGACUGUGCUGAGCUCCAGUACACAGUAGUGGCCACCGACCGGCAGACCCGUAGGCAGGCCCAGGUCCAGCUGCUUGUCACAGUGGAAGGGACAUAUGUGGCUGAAGCAGCUGGCUGCCCUUUGUCCUGUGCAGUGAGCAAGCGGCGCCCUGAGUGUGAGGAGUGCAGCGGCCUAGGCUCCUUGACCGGCAGGUGCGAAUGGAGACAGGGUGAUGGAAAAGGGAUCACCAGGAACUUCUCAACCUGCUCCCCCAGUACCAAGACCUGCCCUGAUGGCCACUGUGAUGCCGUGGAAAGCAAGGACUUACACAUUUGUCCCCAGGACUGCCUCCGGGGAGGCAGCAUCAUUGGUGGUCAUGAGCCUGGGGAACGGCGGGGAAUUAAAGCCGGCUAUGGCAUCUGCAACUGUUUCCCUGAGGAUAAGAAGUGCUUCUGUGAGCCAGAAGAUAGCCAAGAGGUGCUGUGUGACGAACUCUGCCGCACAGUCAUCGCGGCAGCUGUGCUCUUCUCCUUCAUCGUCUCUGUGCUGCUCUCCUCCUUCUGCAUCCACCGGUACCACAAGAAUGCCCACAAGCCACCCAUUGCCUCAGCUGAGAUGACUUUCCGCCGGCCUGCUCAGGCCUUCCCAGUCAGCUAUUCCUCGUCUGGCACGCGCCGACCCUCACUCGACUCCAUGGAGAACCAGGUCUCAGUGGACACCUUCAAGAUCCCGGAGGACCCAAAGUGGGAAUUUCCUCGGAAGAACUUGGUCCUUGGAAAAACUCUGGGAGAAGGUGAAUUUGGAAAAGUGGUCAAAGCAACAGCCUUCCGACUCAAAGGCAAAGCAGGCUACACAACCGUGGCUGUGAAAAUGUUGAAAGAGAAUGCCUCCCCAAGUGAGCUGCGGGACUUGCUGUCAGAGUUCAACCUCCUGAAACAGGUCAACCACCCCCAUGUCAUCAAGCUACAUGGGGCUUGCAGCCAGGACGGGCCACUUUUCCUCAUCGUGGAGUAUGCCAAGUACGGCUCCUUGAGGGGCUUCCUCCGAGAAAGCCGCAAGGUGGGGCCCACUUAUGUGAGUAGUGGUGGCAGCCGCAAUUCUAGCUACCUGGACAACCCAGAUGAGAGGGCCCUGACCAUGGGAGACCUCAUCUCCUUUGCCUGGCAGAUCUCCCGGGGAAUGCAAUACCUGGCUGAGAUGAAGCUUGUCCAUCGUGACUUGGCAGCCAGAAAUGUCCUGGUAGCUGAGGGGAGGAAGAUGAAGAUUUCAGAUUUUGGCCUCUCCCGAGAUGUUUAUGAAGAAGAUUCCUAUGUUAAGAGGAGCAAGGGUCGGAUUCCAGUCAAAUGGAUGGCAAUUGAGUCCCUUUUUGAUCAUAUCUACACCACUCAAAGUGAUGUGUGGUCCUUUGGUGUCUUGCUGUGGGAAAUUGUGACCCUGGGGGGUAACCCCUACCCAGGGAUCCCCCCAGAGCGGCUCUUUAACCUUCUGAAGACAGGCUACCGGAUGGAGAGGCCCGACAACUGCAGUGAGGAGAUGUACGGUCUGAUGCUGCAGUGUUGGAAGCAGGAACCAGAUAAGAGACCAAUGUUUGCUGACAUAAGCAAAGACCUGGAGAAGAUGAUGGUUAAGAGCAGAGACUACUUGGAUCUUGCUGCUUCCACCCCAUCUGAUGCACUGCUCUACGACGAUGGCCUAUCAGAAGAGGAGAUGCCCCUGGUGGACUGUAAUAAUGCUCCCCUCCCUCGCACCCUCCCUUCCACAUGGAUUGAAAACAAACUUUAUGGCAUGUCAGACCCGAACUGGCCUGAAGAGAGUCCUGUACCACUCACAAGAUUCGAUGGCACUAGCACUGUGUUCCCAAGAUAUGCAAAUGAUAGUGUAUAUGCUAACUGGAUGGUUUCACCCUCAGCGGCAAAAUUAAUGGACAAGUUUGAUAGUUAA